AUGCAAACUGAUGUAUCGAAUGUCAAUGUUGAUAGAGAACAUUUCUUAUCGGCUCUCGAAAUCUAUUUAUAUAAACCACAUGUGGUAAAUAAACGCGUAACAACUGUUCGAUUUGCCUUGGCAUUGACUCGUCAGGAUCGAAUUUACUCAACAGAACGAAAUGUUGUGGAUAAACGAACAUUGGUAUCGAAGAAUCCGAGAAUCUAUCAUGAUCAAGAUGAAUAUGUGCUGUCCGAUGAGACAUCAUUUGAAUUUCGUCCCAUAAAAUCGAAUUCAACCGAAACAAAAUCGUGCAGUGUUGAAUUACCCGUCUAUCGAUUUGAUUUAUUAACUAAUGAGAACACAGUUCGGUUGACCGCGCAUGGCGAUCAAUUGAAUAAGGAAAUUCUAUGGUUAAAAGAUGUUUUGCUAUCAAAAAUAGUCAAAUGGGGUCAAAACGAUAUCGAGAAUAGUACAGAAAAUACGACAUUGAAAUUGAUAUCGAUUGAGGAAUAUCAACGUGAAUAUGAACGCUUAAAAGUCAAAUACGGAAAAUACUUAACUGAGCAUUGGUGCGAAAAUACCGAUCCUCAAAAGCAUGUCUUUGAAGAUUUAGGUAUUGCAAGUUAUCUGUUAACCUACUGCCGACAAUAUGCUUCUUCGUUUGCUAAACCGAUUAAGUUUCUCGACCUCGGCUGUGGUAAUGGACUAUUGGUAUAUAUUCUUGCAUCCGAAGGCUAUGCCGCACUAGGGAUCGACAUGCGUUCUCGUCGCUCGUGGUCUUUGUUCGGUACGUCGUUUUAUCAGCAAUCGCUGAUUGAUCCGCAAUCGUCUAGUUUACAUCAAUUCAUUCGUUCAAAUCAGUAUACGAUUCUGAUUGGAAACCAUUCCGAUGAAUUAACACCAUGGUUGCCGGUUUUAGCUCGGCAAUGUUAUUGCAGUGUAUUUCUUUUGCCGUGUUGUUUUUACGACUUUAGUGGAAAGAAAUUCGUGAGUGGCAAGCAUGAUCAAUCGACGCAAUAUGAACAGUAUCUUAACUACGUACAGACAAUAGCUACGAUUCUAAAUUUCGAUAUUAAAAAAGACAAAUUACGAAUUCCAUCGACGAAAAACAUUUGUUUUAUGUUACAUGACAAAGAUGACGAAAGAUCAUCCGAAUCAAUUCGGCAAUGUCUAUUAGAUCAAUUCAGUAUUGAUAUCAAUCUUGAACAUGCUCAACCACGACUUGUCAAUCAUUCAUCCUCGGUAACAAAAUCAAAACCGACUUUCUAUUCAACAAAAUUUGCCAUUAUUCAAAUACUUUUUCAAUAUCUUGUUAACAGCAAUACUUCGUUAACAUUAUCAGCUGCUUAUGAUCUAGUACCCGAUGAACUUCGCGAAGAGCUCAAAUCGGAAAAUGGAGGUUUGAAAUCGAUCAUUCUUUCCUAUCGUCAUGCACUCUGUUUCGAUCCGCAAACAAAACUGAUUAGUCUGACUAAUCCACAAACAAAUGCAAUUGUCGAAAAGCAGAAACAGUCAUCGAAGAUAACUAUUCGAACUAAACCUUGUUUUUUCUAUACCUUUCAUCCAAAUGGUUGUCCAUUAACGGAUGAACAGUGUGCUUUUUCUCAUUGUAGUAUUCCAAAAGAUCAACAUAAACAUUUCAAGCAAUCUUAA